AUGGCGCUCUAUAUUGCCGUCGCGAUGGUGCUCGUCAUGACAUCUUCUGCCAUAGACGGGACAAGUUAUUCUCCUUCUACCUCCUGUCCAUCUUUUUUGCAAUUUGGCCCUUUUCGAGUUUUUUUCCCACAUUUAUGCCCCUGGCAGUUUCAUUUCAAAAAAUGGACCCUUAGCUCGGCGCCGUCAUCAUUGGCGCCGAGCUUGUGUGUGCCGGCGCCAAUACUAUUGACGCCGGACAAUCUGACCUGGCAGCCGACGUGUCAGGGGGUCGGCGCCAUAGAUCUUGGCGCCGACCUCCUGGCAUCUGCGCCGCCGCCCCCGCGUCUGCAAAAUUCGUACCAAGGGGUCGGCGCCAAGAUCUAUGGCGCCGACCCCUUAUAUUCUGAGCCGCCCGAGUUUCAACCAAAAUUUUCAAACCGCGCCGUCGGCCUUCUAUCCCUCUGCCCCUCGCGCCGCCGACGCUCGCCGACGCCCGCGCCAACCGGAGUUUGCGCGCCGCCCCUGCUCCACGGUGGUCGCGCCCACCGGAGCCCGUCCGCGCCGCCCCUGCUCCACGGCGGCCGCGACCACCGGAGGCCGCCCGCGCCGCCCCCUGCUCGACGCCGGCGCGCCGUCCCGCCCCGCCCCUCCCCCGGCAAGCGCCCCGCCCCCUUCCAGCCAAGGCCGCCGGCCCACACCGCCAAGGCCGCCGCCCCAACGUCGAGCCCCGACCGCGCCCCAUCCCCGCCGGCGCACCAAGCCGGCGACACGCGCCCCGCCCCGGAGCCCGCUCCCCGCCCGCGCCCAUACACCGGCCGGCGACACGCCGCCCCGCCCUGGAGCCCGCUCCCCGCCCGCGUCGUCGUCGUCCAACCCCGACCCCGACCCCGACCGUUAAGAUGGACAAUUUUUUGAGCUUAUAUCAUGGAGGCAAUGUGGAACAAGAUCCGUAUGACAGUCACAUUAGAGGAUGCACAGAAGAUACUUGGACUCAAUGUUGGUGGCAGAGCAGUGACAGGCCAAUGUGACUCUGACGGAUGGA